AUGAGUGGAGCCAGCAUAGAAUCAGAUUUGCGAGGAUCAAGCCCUUCAAUGGAAGAUCGUAUUAGCAAACUUAAAAGCCAGUUUAGGGAAAUUGACGCAAAUGACGACAAGCAGCUUACUUUCGAAGAACUCCAUGCAUAUUUAACGAAGAAAAGUGGAAAACCAUUUAAUGAAGUCUUGCUCACCGAAAUAUUUAAAUCUUUAGAUAAAGAUCAAAAUUCAGAGCUAACUUUAGAUGAAUUUGCGCAAGGCUAUUACCAGGCAGAAACCUUAAUUAAAUCUAGAGUUGACGUUUUGAAAAACAGCAUCAUGGAAAAUACGAAAAAAUUAUCUGAUACCAGGCGCCAAUAUAUCGAGGCCAAAGCUAACCAAGGAAAAACCCAGCAAAACGUCUUAACAGUGACUGUUAAAAAAGCAGAAGGAUUAAAAGCUGGCGGCCUAACAGGAAAUAGAGCACCACUUGUAAGAGUGUCUUGUGAAAACCAAGAGAUUACAACCCAGCCUGUUCCAAACCCUUCAAAUCCUACUUGGAAUGAAACAUUUUCAUUUUAUGUGACUCAAGGGACUGAAGAUAUCUCAGUUGAAGUUUUUGAUACUGACAGAGGCAACCCUACUACUUUCUUAGGAGAAGUAGCAGUGCCAUUUAAUGCGUUAUUUGAUCAGCAGCUACAUGAAGAUACUUUGGAAUUGAGAGGAAAAAAGCCAGGAGACAGGAUUUCAGGGACCAUUCAGCUUGCUCUCCAAUGGAUUCACAAUUUGCCACUUUAUCUUGAAGGAAUUAUUAAGCAGUUUGAAGACAUUAUAAAUGAGGAUAAAACAGAAUUGCUGGAAAUGGAAAAAUAUUAUAAUGAAUUGCACAGUGCUUUAGGAAAAAAUAUAGGGCCUGACUGGCUUCUUUUAAAUCCUAAAUUCAAAGAAGCAGAACUUCAAUUUUCAGCAAAAAUGGACGAAUUUAAAGAAAAAACUUUAGGCAAGCUUUAUAUAGGCAACAUAAAAUGGUCUUUCGCUACCCAAAUGUCUACUUAUUUGCUUCUUCUAUUUUCAGUUUUAAUAAUGUUUCUCAGGCCAGACUUUUUCAAUGUAAAUGGCAUUUAGCUUACUAUUGGAAUUUUAGCUUUAUAUUAUUACUAUACUGGAGUCGGUUCAGGUCCUAAAUAUAAAAUCAUCUUUUUGGCAAUCCUUGCGUCAGAGGUUUAUGACCUGAUUUGGCUUUAUUUAAAUAUGAGCGUAAACAGUAUUUAGAAUUGGGUCAGUGGAACUGGAGAUGGGAGUGAUGGAGUGAAAAGAUUUACUGUUGCAGUUUCGGUUAUCAAUCUAUUCUGCAAACUGGUGUUUGGAGCAAUAUUUUGGAAGAACUCUAUUGAGAUGGCUUAG